UACGCGUGUUACGCCAAAGAGUAAGAGAGAGAGUACAAAGCUCUGAAACUGACGUAGCGAAUUUUUCUAUAUAACUCAUCCACUUCACUUCUUUGGAUCUCACACCUCUCUCUCUCUCUCUUCUUGCCCAGAUUCAGAAUUUGUUUGAGAAAAAAUGGCGAAUCGGAAUCUGGAGAAGAUGGCGUCGAUUGAUGCGCAGCUUCGGCUUCUGGUGCCGGGGAAAGUGAGUGAGGACGAUAAGCUGAUCGAGUACGACGCUUUGCUUUUGGAUCGAUUUCUCGAUAUUCUCCAGGAUUUACACGGAGAAGAUCUUAAGGAAACGGUUCAAGAGUGCUACGAACUUUCUGCUGAGUACGAAGGAAAGCACGAUCCGAAGAAACUUGAGGAGCUCGGAAAUGUGUUGACCAGUUUGGAUCCCGGGGAUUCCAUUGUUAUUGCUAAGUCUUUCUCUCACAUGCUUAACUUGGCCAACUUGGCUGAGGAAGUCCAGAUUGCGUAUCGCAGGCGGAACAAGCUAAAGAAGGGAGAUUUUGCGGAUGAGAAUUCCGCAACAACUGAAUCGGACAUUGAAGAAACUCUCAAGAGGCUUGUAGGGGACCUGAAAAAGUCUCCUCAAGAGGUUUUUGAUGCCUUGAAGAAUCAGACUGUCGAUCUGGUCUUGACCGCGCAUCCUACACAGUCCGUCCGUAGAUCUUUGCUUCAGAAGCAUGGAAGGAUUCGGAAUUGUUUGGCCCAAUUAUAUGCCAAAGACAUUACUCCUGACGAUAAGCAGGAGCUUGAUGAGGCACUUCAAAGAGAGAUUCAAGCUGCGUUUCGUACGGAUGAGAUUCGGAGGACAGCUCCAACCCCUCAAGAUGAGAUGAGGGCAGGAAUGAGCUACUUCCAUGAGACAAUCUGGAAGGGCGUCCCAAAGUUCUUGCGUCGUGUGGACACAGCUUUGAAGAACAUAGGGAUCAAUGAACGUGUUCCUUACAAUGCUCCACUUAUUCAAUUCUCUUCCUGGAUGGGUGGUGAUCGUGAUGGUAAUCCGAGGGUAACUCCUGAGGUCACAAGGGAUGUUUGCUUGUUGGCUAGAAUGAUGGCAGCUAACUUGUACUAUUCCCAAAUUGAGGACCUUAUGUUUGAGUUGUCCAUGUGGCGCUGCAAUGAUGAACUUCGUGUUCGGGCAGAUUUGCUCCACUCUUCUUCUAAGAGAGAUGCGAAACACUACAUAGAGUUUUGGAAACAAGUUCCUCCAAAUGAACCCUACCGUGUGAUUCUUGGUGAUGUAAGGGAUAAGCUUUAUCAGACGCGUGAACGUUCUCGUCAUUUGUUAGCAAAUGGGCUUUCCGAAAUUCCUGAGGAUGCAACGUUUACCAAUGUUGAGGAGUUCUUGGAGCCUCUUGAACUCUGUUACAGAUCACUCUGUGCUUGUGGUGACCGCGCUAUUGCUGACGGGUCCCUUCUUGAUUUUAUGAGACAAGUCUCUACUUUUGGGCUUUCACUUGUGAGACUCGAUAUUAGGCAAGAGUCUGACCGUCAUACUGAUGUCAUGGAUGCCAUUACCCAACAUUUGGAAAUUGGUUCAUACCGAGAGUGGUCUGAAGAAAAGCGACAAGAAUGGCUUUUAUCUGAGCUCAGUGGCAGACGCCCUCUGUUUGGUCCUGAUCUUCCAAAAACCGAAGAGAUUGCUGAUGUGUUGGAUACAUUCCACGUCUUAGCGGAACUUCCAGCAGACAACUUUGGAGCAUAUAUCAUCUCCAUGGCAACUGCUCCUUCUGAUGUGCUUGCAGUUGAGCUGCUCCAGAGGGAAUGCCAUGUGAAGAAACCAUUGAGAGUCGUUCCCCUUUUUGAGAAACUUGCAGAUCUUGAGGCUGCACCUGCUGCUCUCUCUCGGCUGUUCUCAGUUGAUUGGUACAGAAACCGUAUUAAUGGAAAGCAAGAAGUCAUGAUUGGCUACUCAGAUUCUGGUAAAGAUGCAGGUCGUCUCUCUGCAGCCUGGCAGUUGUAUAAAGCUCAAGAGGAGCUCAUAAAGGUUGCAAAGGAAUAUGGUGUGAAGCUUACUAUGUUCCAUGGCCGUGGUGGGACCGUUGGAAGAGGAGGCGGGCCGACCCAUCUUGCUAUCUUGUCUCAACCUCCAGAAACGAUUCAUGGAUCUCUCCGCGUUACCGUACAAGGUGAAGUCAUUGAGCAGUCAUUUGGAGAAGAGCACUUGUGUUUUAGAACGCUUCAGCGUUUCACGGCUGCUACUCUAGAGCAUGGCAUGCACCCCUUAGUUUCAGCAAAACCAGAAUGGCGUGCACUUAUGGAUGAAAUGGCAGUUGUCGCUACAGAGGAAUACCGUUCCAUUGUCUUUAAUGAACCCCGAUUCGUCGAAUACUUCCGCCUGGCUACACCAGAGUUGGAGUAUGGGCGGAUGAACAUUGGUAGUCGUCCAUCAAAGCGGAAGCCUAGCGGGGGAAUCGAAUCACUUCGUGCAAUCCCAUGGAUCUUUGCCUGGACGCAGACAAGGUUUCAUCUUCCGGUGUGGCUGGGCUUUGGAGUAGCUUUCAAACAUAUUAUUCAGAAGGACAUUAGGAAUCUCCAUAUGCUACAAGAGAUGUACAACCAAUGGCCUUUCUUCAGAGUGACCAUUGAUUUGGUCGAAAUGGUGUUCGCCAAGGGAGAUCCAGGUAUAGCCGCUUUGUAUGACAAGCUCCUUGUUUCUGAAGACCUAUGGUCGUUUGGGGAGCGGUUGAGGAAUAACUUCGAAGAAACCAAGAGACUUCUUCUACAGAUUGCUGGACACAAGGAUCUUCUUGAAGGUGACCCGCAAUUGAAACAAAGACUGCGACUGCGUGAUUCAUACAUCACAACACUUAAUGUCUGCCAAGCUUACACAUUGAAGAGGAUCCGUGAUCCGAACUACCAUGUGACUGUGCGGCCACACAUCUCCAGGGAGAUUAUGGAAUCAAACACACCUGCUAAUGAACUCGUGAAGCUGAACCCAACAAGUGAGUAUGCUCCGGGUCUGGAGGACACUCUCAUCUUGACAAUGAAGGGUAUUGCCGCUGGACUGCAGAACACUGGUUAGAUCAGUUGUUCGUUUUUCCUUCCUUUUUUUCUCUUUUCUGCUUUGUUUUGUAGAUUUAGUUUUUGCCCAAUAAUCCACAAAUCAAAUACACGGUUAAAAUGUCUUUAAUCAUCUGCCUUAAGGUCAAAUUUUGGGCGACCUUAUCGAGCUGUAUGAUCGAGUGUUGUGCCCGAACACUACUGCGGCGAUGGCUAUAAUUGUUGUCAAGGGAAACUUAUGUAUGAUUUAUCAAUGGAACUGCUUAUUAUGCAUUAUGA